AUGUCUCACUCAGCCGCGCAGGGGAUUGAAAAUUGCUUCCGACCAAUGCAUCAAGAACUCGGGCAUCAUACACCAGAUCGCCGCACAUCAACUCAGAUGCCACCCUCCACGAAACCAACAUCGCAGACUGCCGCAUCCGAAUUCUUUCGAAAGCUCCAUAGCAUCUCUUCCCUUGGUGCUGGAGGCUACGAUGGGAGACUUACACCUAUCUAUCGAUCGAUUGCGCGCGUCUACUUCUUCAUAACAGCCGGCCGUGUGCUCUGGAGCUGGUUCGAUCCUGGCAGACGUCAAAGCCUGCUCGUUAACUGGCGCCGGCAAGCCCACCAAGUAGAGAUUUCCGAUUUGUCCCAGCUCAUACUCACAACCUACCUGAAUCAUCUCGAGGGUAUCAUGGGAGAAGAACAGCCAGAGACGAACCUUGGCAGUCUCUAUAUCGACGAGCAAGAGCUCAACCCACAUCUGAAGCACGAGAUGUUCAACAGCUUGCUCAAGGCCGCCCAAGGUAGCGCGAGAGGCUCGAUGAAGUGCUCGGAUGAAUGGCGGAGCUUGAUCCUCGGAGUCCUGUACGAUGCAGGAGGCUCAGUUGACGAUGUGUACGAGGUCAUCUGCCUGACUCGUGUGAUGUUUCCCGGUGAAGUCCUCUUGACGGAGGCUUCUUCGCGGUGGAGCACCUUUGUUGAAGACCUCGAAGAGCAACUACAGAUGGAUGGCUACAGCCAGACUUUGGAGAUGCAGAAAAUCGAACCUCUGCCUUCUGAGCCUGGGCAAUUGAGUCUUCGGCCGCAGAAUCUUCGUGGAUCAGCUUCCGAUUCCUCCACGACGUUAAACGCCCCGGAUGGCUCUGCUCCGGGUUCGAUACGACCAUCACCUAUUGCCAUAUCUACGAACACCAGCAAUCAAGUCGGAUUUUCAGUCCAGGAUCCAGAUCCUGCACCCCUGGUCAAUGUAGCAGCAAGCUCGACCCAGAUCAACCCACCGGACGGCGUACAAGAGUAUCGCAGCCGAUUCACUACGCGGUCGGCAAGACUGGAGGUCAAGAUAUCCGCAGACCUCCAGAAGCUUGAGAUAGCUGAUGUUGAGAGUGACUGGGAAUCCUGGCACGGCAAGCUGCACAAUGCCCUCAAGUCCAGUCCAGUGAAUGGUAACACCAAGGAGACGGCCGCCGCCAAAUCGUUCCACAAGAAGCUGGCUAGCACCGGUGGUGCGUCUGAAGAUCUCCUCCUCGAGACCGCAGACUCUAUCUUGGCUGCCGUGGUCAACUUGCAUAGACAUGGCACACCCUUGAGAGUAGAUGAGCGGGAGACGUUCAGAGCCAAGAACGACAGAGACAUUCGAGCCGCUGACCUGAGCUACGGCAUCAAGAACCGUCUGAACCAGAUCAUUCCGAUUAUCCGCCAGAACAAGCGUGUCGCUUUGGAAUGCGUUUUCACUGAACGGACAACCGAGUUCUUAGCCUGGGCUCCGGGAGUAAUGCUCGCGCGAAGGAGUCUGUGGGCUCAACUCAACCUGAAAAAAGCGACCAAGCUCAAAGAUCUCGAGGCAAAAGUUGGCACAGCUUCCAGCGGUAAUGCUGUGACGCACCAAGAUCAGGAAAGUGAGCAAGACUCUGAUGUGGAUGGCGAAGCUGAACAGGAUGCUGGCCAAAGCGGAGAAGAUGAGUGA